CCGACAUCUUGGUUAAGGGCAAUACUUUCUCUCUUCCGGGAACGACUCAGAAAGCCAUUGUCGAGGAACUUCCGCCCGAAGGAAUUAUGACCUACGAUGAGAAAUCUUCCAUGGGAAAGGGAUGCCUGUAGUAUCUAUUUGACUCUAAGCCAAGGGACGUGAGGGAGAAAUGGAAUGCAAGAUUGGAAAAUUGGUGUGAUGGGACAGGAAGUGGACGCAAAAUUGAAGCUGGAGUUGGUAUCCUCAAUCAACAAAGGACUGGAGGAGAAAGAUGUGUCACAUAGAAGAGGACAGCUGAAGAGUAACAGCAGUGCGCUGAAUUUUAAGCAGAAAAGAGUACCAGAAUUCUUAGCCCUAUCUAAGCAAGGAGAAAGACUCAUCUUGGAUAACUUUGUUAACAAGGAAGACUCUUUAACUAGCAGCUGCUCCGGGAUGAGCAGAAACCACCAUAUCACUGGCACAAACCUAGACUACGUCAAGAAAGAAGAAACGCACAGAACUGAUGCCACUUCAUCUGGAUCAACAAGCUGGACGCCUAGUGCCCCUCAACAAUCACAUAAGCAUUGUAACCAGAAUGGCCAGAGUUUUUUGGUGUUGGAUGAACAGAGAUUCGCAAAAGAGAUUCUUCCCAAGUACUUCAAGCACAACAACAUGGCAAGCUUUGUCAGGCAGUUAAAUAUGUAUGGCUUCCGUAAAGUUGUCCCUAUUGAUUCCGGGAUUGUGAAAGUGGAGCGAGAUGGUCCCGUAGAGUUUCAGCACCCAUAUUUUAAGCAAGGCCGGGAGGAUUUGUUGGAGCACAUUAAAAGGAAGGUUUCCUCAAAACCUGAAGAAAACAAGAUCAGUCAGGAAGAUCUCUCCAAAAUAAUAAGUAAUGCUGAAAAGGUGCAAAUUAAACAAGAGACUAUUGAAUCUCGAUUGUCUGCUUUGAAGAGGGAGAAUGAAUCCCUUUGGAGGGAAGUGGCAGAACUGAGAGCAAAACACUUGCAACAACAGCAAGUUAUUCGGAAGAUUGUACAAUUUAUUGUUACUUUGGUGCAAAACAACCAACUAGUGAGCUUAAAACGCAAGAGGCCUCUACUUCUGAACACUAAUGGACCUACAAAGUCAAAUGUAUUUCAAAAAAUUGUGAAAGAGCCAGCUGACAGUAACCACCAUGUACCUCUCAACAGGAAUGAGGGCUUAAAACAAAGGGAACAGAUUUCAGAUGACAUCAUUAUUUAUGAUGUUACCGAUGAUGUGGACAAUGAAGAAAGUCUUCCUGUUACACCAGAAACAAAUGAGGAUAUGACUUCAGAGUCUUCCAACUGUAGUCAUUCUCCUGAUAUUGUAAUUGUGGAAGAUGAUAAUGAGGAAGAAUAUGCCCCUGUAAUUCAAGAGGAUAAAGUCACAGAGUCAGCUGCUGUCCCAGCUAAUGAUCCCCUCAGCCCUGUCGGUGAUGGUACAAGCCCACUCAUGUCAAGUGCUGUACAGCUGAAUAACCAGUCAACUUUAACUGCAGAAGAUCCAGUCUCGAUGAUGGAUUCCAUACUCAAUGAGAAUGGAGUAAUUCCACAGAACAUAAAUCUUCUUGGAAAGGUUGAACUUCUGGAUUAUCUUGACAGUAUCGACUGCAGUUUGGAGGACUUCCAAGCUAUGUUAUCAGGACGACAGUUCAGCAUAGACCCAGAUCUCCUGGUCGAUCUUUUUACAAGCUCCGUGCAGAUGAAUCCCACAGAUCAUAUCACUAAUAGCAAAGUGGAGGCAAAGGGAAUAGAAACUACUAAGAACAAUGCUGCUCCAGCAUCUUCGCAGGAAAACCAAGAGUCGAAGCCCAAAUCAGACAAGCAGCUGAUACAGUACACGGCCUUCCCACUCCUCGCCUUCUUCGAUGGGAACGCAGGCUCCGCUGUGGAGAGCGGGAGCACGGCAGCUACCGACAGAGCCCCAGAGGUGGACGAGCUGCUGGAGAGCAGCCUGGACCCUCAGCCCACCCAGAGCAAGCUGGUGCGGCUGGAGCCACUGACGGAGGCCGAGGCGAGCGAGGCCACCCUCUUCUAUCUAUGUGAACUCGCCCCGGCGCCCAUGGAUACGGACAUGCCCUUCUUGGAUAACUGAUGUCCUGGGCACACUGUACAUAGUCAUGAACUAUUUAUUUAGAAUAUCGUUUGGUAUAUGACGGCUUUUUUUUGUAAACCGCUGGUUUCUGUAACCAGGUUGACGUGGAAUCCAAAACACCUUUCCUACGCCACUUCCUACAAGCGCCUGUAACACCAUGGUUAGAGGGAGCCGCUGGGGACGGUUGGUAACACCACGUCUGACUAUUCCUGCGCUGCUGCUGCUGUCACAUACAUAUUGCUAAGUACCCCGGGCACCUGAACACGUGUUUGUAGUAAGCUUUAUGGUUUCUUAUACUUCUGGUCUUACAUAUGAUGACGUAAACUAGUAGUGUAUGGUUAGGGAGCACUGGCUUUCUGUAUCUUGGGUUUUUUUCUAUUUUUUACAAUAUUUUAACAAACAUGAGGCUUUUUUGGGGUAGCGGGGGACCAGGACCUGAUGUAGGCUUUUUUUUUCCCUGCCUGAACUGGGAACAAAGUGCCUGUACCUUGCUCAAUCAUGGUUCUGCCUUACUUUCACUGCAGUGGAAGUGCUCACACAGCACAAAGGGGGAGGGUGGGAGGGUUGGGGAAGAGACCUUGACAGCCGCCAGGCCCCUUGACUGCAUGAGUACUCUGAACUUGGACCAUCUACUCCAAUAAAAUAAAUGUUACUUAAGUGUGAUAA